AGCUCUCGGUUACGGCUCGCGGGUCAGGAUCGUAAUGAUCGAUCGAUCGAGCUGUCAGAUUUGUCCUUCUAAAGCCUGUGCGUGUGUACGUACCUCCACCGAUAGGUAACAACCGGCGUACUUAGUACUGCGAGCCACACGACGGUGUGACCUUGAACGGUGUGAUUAUGUUCAAGUUUGCUUCAUUAAUCGUAGCAGCGACAAAACGGCAAGGGCAGUGGAUGUUGCCGGUGCGCACGUAAAGUGCGUAGUAGUCGCGUACACCGAUCUGGACAUGAUCCUCCACAUUCCGGCAUUUCGCUUGCUGUGCGAUCCUCAACGUAGAGCGAGAGGGAUGAUGAGAGUGUGUGAGUGAGUGAGCGAGCCGGCCAUUGAACACUUACAUCAUCCUUCGAUCGUACAGAUGCGCUACUUUGACAUGGCAGCACACACAGGCCAAACAAUCCGGAUUGAUUGGUGGCUGGCUGGCGAGACGGACGCCACAAUCGGUCGAUGUGCGCGAUCACUUACAUAAGCUGCUGUACGGGACUGGUUUGGUGCGGGACGAUUUGAGAACGAUUGUUUGCUGCCAAAGCACUCCAAUACUAGCGCGAAUCUGUAGCUCGUCGUUGUUUACCAAAGGAACGGAGGCUGUGCCUUUCUUUGACGAACGGUACGGUGCGCUACGGUGACUUCAGCGACACUCGAUCAUCGCUCAGUGCGAACUCUUUGUCACUCCUGGUCGCCUGUGUACCGUGCGGAGACUUGCUACACGAGUCGCAAUAAGCUCAACAGAUACUUCUAUGUGCUUGACCACCGGCCAGGAAUGUAUGUUUUUCUGCGUGUCUGGCCCGUCCCAUACGCCCGAAGACGAUCGUCAACAACGAGACGGCAACAUCUGAAACUGGAUCACCGGCAGCGUCUCGGGCACCGCCGGCAACCUACAUUUUGCUUUGCACCGGCUCUUCGCGAAGGCCGAGGGAACGAACGACCACCACCAAACGACGGCUCCAAGAUGACUGCGGUGGAAGUGAUAUCCGGCUACAAAUACUUUGGCAAAGCGAACGAUCCGAACAAAAAGAUCGUUCUGAAUCAUCUCAACAUGAGCGUCACCCGUGGUUCGAUCUACGGACUACUCGGUGCCUCCGGUUGCGGCAAAACCACACUACUGUCCUGCAUCGUGGGGCGAAAGUUUCUCAACGAUGGCGAAAUUAACGUACUCGGCGGAACGCCCGGCACAGCAGGUUCGGGCGUCCCCGGACCACGGAUCGGCUACAUGCCACAGGACAUCGCACUGGUCGAAGAGUUCACCAUUAAAGAAACGAUCUACUAUUUCGGUAGAAUAUACGGCAUGUCGAAGGAGAAGAUUCGGGAACGGUACAAACUGUUGAAGCAUUUACUCGAGCUGCCCGGUGAUGAUCGGUACGUCGGCAACUGUAGCGGCGGUCAACAGCGGCGCGUUUCGUUCGCGGCCGCCAUGGUCCACGAACCGGAGCUGCUCAUACUGGACGAACCGACCGUGGGGUUGGAUCCGUUGUUGCGCGAAAAGAUCUGGCAGUACCUAGUGGAAACGACCAGUACAAGCAAAAUGGCUGUGAUUAUAACGACACACUACAUCGAGGAGGCAAAGCAGGCAGGUUUUAUUGGCCUGAUGCGCAAUGGCAUACUGCUGGCGGAGGACACACCGGCCAACAUCCUGGAGCGGUUCUCCUGCACGUCGCUCGAGGAAGCGUUUCUCAACCUCUGCCAGAAGCACGGUCCCUCCGAGGAGGCCGACCGCACGACACACCAGACGCAAACGCUGCGAGCGAUUGCGGGCACGCAAGACCUCAAGAAGGUGAUACCGGCGCUGACCACCAACGAACAGAAGGCAAAGGACGGCGGUGGUUUGUUUGCGGAAAAGCGGAAACCACUGACCAGCACGAUCAAGGAGCUGGUCAGCUUCACGAGCAGGCGGCGCAUGAACGCGCUGCUGUCGAAGAACUUCCUGCAGAUGAUCCGACAACCGGCUGGGAUGGUCUUCCUGUUCCUGUAUCCGAUAUUUCAGCUGGUAAGCUUCUACGUCGCGGUCGGUGGCAAUCCGAAGGACCUGCGGCUAGGGAUCGUGAACGAGGAGCUGACCAACAUUCGACAGUGCUUCAACGAGUCGCUCAUAACCACCUACUACCGCGAGGACUACGACUGUGAUCUGUACAAGGUGUCGUGUAGAUUUAUGGAGAAGCUCAACCGGAGUGUAGCGAUACAGGAAUACUACGACACGUACGAGGAUGCGUAUCGUGAUGCGCGGAAGGGUAAGAUUCUUGGGUUCAUUCACUUCUCGGAAAACUUCACCGAAUCGCUGCAGGACGUGCGGGACAAUGUGCGGGACGCGGACGACGGUUCGUUCCACACGUCCGAGAUAAAGGUGUACCUGGACAAGUCCGACCAGCAGAUUACGUUCUUCAUCGAGAAGAAGCUGCUCCAGACGUACCGCGAGUUUGCCGAAAGUCUGAUGGAGGACUGCCGGCUGCCGAAGCAGCUCGCCAACAUACCGAUCACCUUCGAGACGCCCGUGUACGGCACGUUCGACGAGGAGUUCACCGACUUCAUGGCACCGGGUGUCGUGAUGACCAUGAUCUUCUUUCUGGCCACGCUGAUUACUGCCACCAUCUUCAUCACCGAUCGGUUGGAGGGAGUAUGGGAUCGAACGAUCGUUGCCGGCAUCACGGCACUGGAACUGCUGCUGGCGCACAUUCUCACCCAGACGUCCAUUAUGCUGCUACAGUGUCUAGAAAUUAUUCUGCUUGCCACCUUCCUUUUCGAUGCACAGAACCAGGGAAGCAACAUCACCGUGGUCGGUCUGUUGAUGUUGCUGGGCUUCGCGGGAAUGCUGUACGGUCUGCUAAUAUCGAUCUUUUGUGAUGCACAUUCAACGGCCAACUUUAUGGCGACCGGUAGCUUCUAUCCCAUGAUCAUCCUGUGCGGUAUACUUUGGCCCCUGGAGGGUAUGCCCCAGUACCUGCAGUACGUUGCAUACUGCUUCCCAUUCACCAUACCGUCGAUCGCGGUGCGGAACGUCCUUACCAAGGGCUGGAGCAUUACCAACUCGCAGGUCUACAUGGGAUACGGUGCGGUCGGCGUGUGGAUCAUCAGCUUACUAUUACUGUGCCUGCUCGGGUUGAAGAUAAAGAAAUAGUUUGGCAGGAGCGAGCGGGGUACGAUUAAGCAAACGGGGAAUGGGAAUCAAGUUUUGGGUAGCAGCUAUCGAUAGUAUUUAAACACGAAACCAACAGGGCUACACGCUGGGAUGUAAGUUUUACGCUCUCCUUCAAUCCUACUUUUCCCUGCCGCAAGGUUAAUAUUAGGAUGGUAGUUUGUAAGAACGUGCAAAAACACCGGGAGUUGUUGGUGUACUGGGAGCGCUUUACGGCUUUCCCGUGUUCCCCCCCCUCCCCUCCCUCCCCCCUUUUGCUCAAUGACAAACCCGCUAUUUAAUCAGUCCGUAGGUGGAUGCUUCUCCUUUUUCCCUUCUUGUACAUAGAGCUUGUUAAUCUAAACGGCAGAAACGUUUGUUGCAGCCGCCGCAGAUCGGCGAAAUCUGCUACCGUGUUUGAUUUAUAGUGAGUGUGUGUGUGUGUGUAUGUGUGUAUUAGCUUAAGAUGUACGUAAAGACGAGAAGUUUGUAGCAAUAGCGUGUGUGGAGCAAAGCAACGUAUAGCGAGAUUGUGGAACCAAAACGAGAUAGGACGCUUCUUAUAAGGUAAUGCCGUGAACACGAUGAAUAGCAGUGCGGUAGCGAUGUAAGGUAUCUGGUCUGGAAGUCUGUCUGUGUCCCUAGGGUUAGGAAUGUUUGUAAUAUGUUUUUUGCUUAUUUUGUGUUAUGUAUAAUGAGAAAUAAACAGAAAUGCAUUCAAUGUUAA